AUGUCCUGGGUCAAGCGGCGGGCUGGUCCCCUGAUCAUUCUCGGGACUUCUGCGGCUGGCGGCGCCGCGUAUCGCUUCUUCGGCCUCUCCAAAGCGUCCGACGAAUCGCUCAACCCUCACACGUUCACACCGUACACACUCGUCGAUAAACAGCCCGUGUCUUCGACCAGCGCAAUCUUCACGUUACGGAAUGCCAAUGGCAUUCCUGACUCGCAAAGUGUCAAAGAGGUGGAAAAGCGUAGCGUCUGGAGUGUGCAGAUAAAGCAGCCACAACUGCAGAUUGCACGCGCAUAUACACCUCUGCCGCAUACAGCCGACGGCAAGAAGGACGAGAAUGCGCCUCAGGACAUGAGGCUGCUGAUACGACAAGAGACUAGAGGAGAAGUGUCGACGUACUUGCACAAAUUGCCAGAGCAAGCAACGAUAGAAGUCCGUGGUCCAAAUGCCGAAUUCGAGUUGCCCCGCAAUGUCAAGGAGGUUAUAUUUUUGGCAGGAGGAACAGGCAUUGCGCCAGCUAUGCAAGUUGCCCAAGCAUUGAGCAGGAGGACCGGCAGCCAGAUGCAUAUUCUUUGGGCGAACAGACGGCGAGAGGAAUGCAUAGGUGGUAUCAGCGAUGAUAAAGGGACUCCAAAGCCCUCACAAAAUCGAUUGGGAUGGUGGAAGAGUGUCCUCAUUGGCUCCAGUGAGACUGCCACACUAGUCGGGCUCUCUCAAGACGACACAACGGGAAGCGAAAAACUCCAGGAGAAAGGACUGAUUGUGAAAGAGCUCGACGCGCUUAAAGAACGUAACACGAUUGCCACGCAGGGACUGCGUGUUCAGUACUACGUCGAUGAAGAGAACACAUUUAUCCAGCCUGAUGAUGUGACCAAAAGAAUGGUCAGCGCAUCGCAAGAGAAGGGAUCGAAGCUGAUCAUAGUCUCUGGUCCCGAUGGCUUCAUCGAGCACUGGGCUGGCGGAAAGCUUUGGAUGGACGGCAGGGAAGUGCAAGGUCCACUUGGAGGUGCGUUGAAGGGAAUGGACUUGGGCGACUGGAAGGUCUUCAAGUUGUAA